CGAUUGUCGGAUGACGCGACCAAGGUUUCAGAUUCGCUGCAUCCGAGUCUUCUUUGUAAGUUCGAUCUCACGAUGGAUCAUUGAAUACUGUGUUCUCGAACGAUACAACACGUAUCUGCUGCAAAACACCAAGUUCCACAGCUCGGGUGUGAGCCAUCAGAGCAGCUUUGCAUUUUGUCUCAUUAUUGGUUUCGCAUCUUCGAGUACAAUGUGGAAGUGGUGGUUUUAUUGCAUUUUGCUGCAUGUAUCCUUAUCGACGUCGAGAAGGACUGCCCUUGAUACUCCCUUUAACAUAUUGUUUCUUCGUGCCUUUCGAGAUUGGACUUUCGAUGUUUUCGGUAGGACAGGAACAGAAGAAAGAUUCCUGCGAAUAGCAAGAAACGCAAACAAAAUACAAGAAACUAUUCCUGAUUAUGUUCCUUUUCCUUGCAAUGUGACAGGUAGGACUUCAAAAUCUUAUUACUACAUUUUUCUAAUAUUUAUCCUUUUGGUCAUACUUGUCAUAUUUAGCACAUAUUUUUAUGAGAAAUAUAUUCAUGAAUUCAACCCCAAUUUGGUAGGAUACGCAUUGGGAGAUUCUUUGACGACUCACCAAGCGUCCCAGUUGAAUGUCGCUGAAACUGGUGCUGAGUCCGAGGAUAUGCCUUUCAUGGCAGAGGUACUAGUCAAGAAGAUUAAAAAUGAUCCAAGAAUAGACCUGCAAAAACAUUGGAAGUUCAUCUCGAUAAUGAUCGGAGCCAAUGAUUUCUGCACUGAAAUAUGUUGGGUUUCGUCACCUUGGUCGAUUCUCGAAAAACACAAGGCCGACUUACUUCAAGUUUUGCGGACACUAAGAGACAACUUGCCGCGGACUUUCGUGGCAUUGAUUCAACCACCAAAUUUAAAGGCUUUGGUUGACACUCGUAAAGGAAGAUCAUCAUUCAAUUGUUUCAUCAUGACGGACUUUGAGUGUUCUUGCCUAUUUGGUCUCUCAUUUCGACGUUUUAGACCUAUGUAUUAUGACAUCAUGCGACGUUUCACAGUUGUAGCCCAACCUGUUCUGACAGAAGCGCAGAUUCCACUUGCUUCAGAUGGAUAUACCGACAUGACAUAUUUAAGCACUGAUUGUUUUCACAUUACUCAAAAGAGCAAUGCUUAUUAUGCAUCCAGUUUAUGGAAUAAUCUAUUGGAACCAGUAGGUACUAAAAUGACAAAAUGGCACAAACCUUUCGACAAUUUUCAUUGUCCAACGCCAGAGAGACCCUAUCUAGCUACAAUAUUAAAUUCAAUGUAACAAAAUGUUAUUUACAACACUCUCGUUGCUGUUCAAACGAGAAAUAUUGGCACUUAACAAAGAGAAAGUAUCAAUAGCAUUAUUAGGUCAUCAGUCACAUAUAAUUGCGAUGCCGCGAUCUUUAAAUGUAGUGCCAUAAUUUUUUAAACAUAGCUAAUUAUUAAUAAUGUUUGUUAAUUUUUUACAGAACAAAAAUGAAAUAUGAAUGGAAAAUGAUUUUGUGCAAAAUUAUGUCAAUUAUUCCGUAAAACUGUAAAGGAUUAAACAAUAUGAAACUGCC